GCCAAGGACGCCCGCAGGGACAUCAGGGACGCCGCUGAGGGCACCAAGGACACCCUUGGGGACAUCAGCAUCACCGCUGGGGACACCAAAGCCAGCCCUGGGGACACCAAGAGCGGCCCUGGGGACACCCACAACACCCUCGGGGACACCAAAAACGGCCCCGGGGACACCGGGAGCAGCCUUGAGGACACCAGGGACACCCGUGAGGGCACCAAGGACAGCCCUGGGGACAUCAGGGACACCCUCAGGGACACUGGGGACAGCUGCAGGAGCACCCCUGACACCAGCACCAAGCCCCUGUCGGUGUCCCCUCCCCUGGACGAUGUCCCCGCUGUCCCGGAGCCCCCCCAGGCCCCCCCCGGGGCCCCCCCAGAGCCCAGCUCCGAGGAGCAGCUGAGGCAGCGCCUGGCAGAGGCUGAGGCUGAGCUGGCGUCCCUGCGCUCCCGCGUGGCCGUGGCCGAGCUCCGCGCUCAGGACGUUUCCCGCGCGGCCGAGCUGCAGCUGCAGGGACUGCGCCGACAGCUGGAGCAGGACAAGGCCCAGGUCCAGGCCCAGGUGACGUCGCUGCUGGGGGAGCUCCGGGAGAGCCAAAACCGCCUGGAGAGGAGCCGGGCAGAGAGAGAGCACCUGGAGCGCAGGGCCCGUGGUGACGCCAAGCAGCGCCAGCAGCUGGAAGAGCAGCUGGAGGAGGCGGCCCAGGCCCAUCAGGUGCAGCUGGACCAGCUCCGGCUCCAGGUGACCAACCUGGAAACCGCCCUGAGGGUGGAGCGGCGCGGGGCCACCGAGGAGAAGCGGAAGCUGGUGCAGCUGCAGGCCGCGUACCAUCACCUGUUCCAGGAGUACGACGCCCACAUCAAGGCCAGCCUGGAGGGGGACAAACGGAGCCAGGUGACGCAGGAGCAGCUGCGAGCGGCCGAGGCCGCGCUGGCCCUCAAGCAGGAGCUCAUCGAUCGCCUCAAGGACGAGGCCGAGCGCCAGCGGGCGGCCCUGGAGACCAUCCCGGUGCUGCAGGCACAGGCCGACAUUUACCGCGCGGAUUUCGAGGCGGAGCGCGCGGCGCGGGAGCAGCUGCACGGGCAGCGCGAGGCUCUGCAGGAGGAGCUGAACCAGCUGCGGCUGCGGCUCGGCGGGGACGGCGCCCGGGCCCGUCUGGAGGAGAUGCGGAACCGGCACUCGGAGCCGCCCCCGGCCCCGGCCCCGGGUUUUGGGGCGCUGCCGCCGCCCCCCCCCGAGGAGGGGCCGGAGCUGUGCUGCCCCAAGUGCCAGUACAGGGCGCCCGACAUGGACACGCUGCAGAUCCACGUCAUGGACUGCAUCAAGUGAGGGGGAGACACCCCCCGAACCCCAAAAACUGCCCAGAAACAGCCCCCCCG